AUGCAAUAGAAUCCUUUAUAGUUAUUAUUGAGCCUAUUAGCAGCAAGAGAAGAAGUUAUAUUUAUGAUCAGAAUAAUUGGCCAUCAGAUGCACGAGGAUUGCAGAAAUAAGCUAGGAACUUUAAGAGAAAUUUCAGAUGAAAUCAUGAGAGGAGAAUAAAAAAGGGAAAAUUUGGAACAUUAUUUGUUUUUAAAUUUGAGUGAGAGUAAUCGCAAACUAUUCCUUCCUAAAGUAAUUUAGAAAUAUAUCAAAAUAACUUAAUAUUAUUUGGUCAAAACUCAGGUAUAUAUUUUUGAAUGAAGUAAUAGAUAUACUUUCCAAAGUAAGGAUAGGUAAUUUGUUAGGAAGUAAUAAAUUAACCAAACUUAAGGAAUUCCAUCUCCCAAAUUCUAUAAGAAUCACUUGUAACCAUACUGAAACAUAUUUGUAAUCUCUAAAAACAAAAGCUAAAGCACGAACUUGCUCAAAUGUUCAAUUAUGAAUUGUAUAAACCUAUUUAAAAUCAAGAGAGGACCGUUGUAAUAGAAAUGAAAAGUUUUAUUCUGAACCCCUUGUCCUAGGAGUAAUCGGAUUACGUUAUUUGAAUGAAUUACACAAAAAAUAUUGUUAUUCUGCAUGCAGACAUAGUAAUCGAAAUGUCUAUGAUGUUCUUCUUUUGGAUGACAAUACUAAACAAUUAUAUCUAUAAGGAGGAGGUAAGCAUAAAAUAUAACAAUAGGAUUUUCAAGUCUUAUUAGUAGUAUCACAAAAUUAAAGGAUAAAUCUGUUGAUAACACUUAAUCCGUGUAUAUACCAGUGGAGAGUACUCUUGAGAUUAUUACUUAGAGAUAUGAAAAAUUAUUAAAAGAAGUUCUGGAUCAAAACUAUCAUGUUUAAAAAUCUGUAAAUAGAUAUUAUGAUUAAUACAAAAAAUAUAAAAUGAAGCCUUUGUUGAUAAAGGGUUAUGCUACUCCUAAAAAAUAGGAAACAGAUUUUAAAUCUUAACGAAUUUAAAAGAGAUCAAUUGAAUCUGGUCCCAUAUUAAGCGAUAUGGGAAGAUAUUCUGAACCAAUUAGUAGAAACCCUUUAACAUAAGACUAUUUAAAUUCAGUAAGAUCAAAACAAGCAAAGUGUAGAACAUAAAAAUAAAGCGACAUUAUUCUAAGUGGAUUUAUAUCACCUAAAUAAUAAACUAUUGUCAGAAAACAUAGAAGUUUAAAAAAUUAUGAUCCCUCAUUGCUGAAACCAACAAUCUUAUAAAAUUUUUAUGAUUCUAAUUUACGGAUUAAUCAUAGCACUAAAAAAGCGGGUUGA